AUGUCUGUCUUUGGGUUGGAACGCAGUAACACCGCCCCAAACGACGUUUAUGAUCAUGUCAUAGACCUUAUUGACUCGACCAAACCCAAGGCUAGCCCAGAAAGAAGCUACCAGGAUGGUUCUAGAUCGAACCAGACACCUCGAGCACCGUCACUCAGCGGACAGCGGACCAAAGGUCAUCUAAGGAAAGAACUAGCUCGCAGAAAAUAUGCUCGAUGGCAAGAAGAAAAAGAGACAGACGUGUCGGGGUCAGAAGUCAGCGGUGACGAUCCCCGCAGUGAAGCAGCCGCCAAAGGAAUAUCGAAAACAGACACGAUUCGCUCAGGAAGAUUAAGAGACAGAGUUCCCUUUCGACCGAAGAAGAAGGCUGCUAGAUCUCAUGCUGGACUUGACGCUUUCAUCGACGUUCUGUAUGAGAACCAACGAGGCUGGUGGUUCUGUGGUAUUCCGUUAUACUCGUCCAAUUCUCUCCUCAACUUCGAUCCUGCGGGAUGGCAAACGUCGACCUUUCAAGACAGCCCUGUAGACAUCACCAAUGCUCAAGUACCAGAUCCUAGCUGGCGGUGGGAUUGGCGAAAUUGGUACGUGGACAUGUCGUACGAUGUAGACGAGGAAGGGUGGCAGUAUUCUUUCAGCUUUGGGAACCAGUUUGCCUGGCAUGGUAACCAUCCCUGGUAUCAUUCGUAUGCUAGAAGAAGACGAUGGCUACGAAAGAGGGUCAAAACAGAUACGCAUCGCGGGAAAAGCACUAAAGAGGCACACAGAUUAAACGCUGACUAUUUUACCAUCCAUCCUCAGACCCGCAAUCGCAGUCGAGACUCCAGUGCCGACCGAGCCAACACCUACCGCUCAAGCCUUACUGAUGCUCACCAAGCAGUGAGUGAGGGCGACGACGCAUUGGGUGAGAUCGGAGACAUUGCAGCUUUGCUAGCAGCAUUGAAACGUGCUAUUGUGGACAGGGAAAAGAUAGCCGCGGUUAAAGCUUUCCUGAGUCAGGGCGGAGAUGAGCUCUUUUACCUUGCUCAGACCAUGCCGACUAUUCGGAGUGAUUUUGUGCAUCAAACGUCGCAAAGACAAUUGCAGAACGUCUUGCUUCAAACCCUCCAGGAGGUGACCCGCAGUGAAGAAGACGAGCAGGACGCAGACAAACAAGCGGCCAACAAGCGGAAGAUCGACAAUAUCCUGAAAGCUAUUCAUGCCGGAGGAAUCCACAGCAACGACGUCGACUUCUGGGGCCGCUUGCGGGCUAGAAUGACGAGCAGCGAGACGGAUCCGACCAAUUCAACAGGAGAGUUAGAUGCUACUGAGGUUGCGAACCCUUCCGAAAGUGGUCCAGAAGGUCCAUUUGUAGAUGCUGAAGCUGGCAAUAUUACGGACGAGAUCAAAGGCCUUUCAGAUGAUGCGCGGAUCUUUGAGGAACCGCAUAUUGGCUCUAGCACAUAUACAGAGGGAGAAGUUGACGAAGAGAUAUCAAAGACGUCAGACAAAGGAAAGGGAAAUGGCAAUAUUCUGUCUCCGGCCCCUCCUGGUGCAACAUGGUUGCAGGAGGGUUCUGGUAGGGUGGUGCUUUAUGCUUACGAAGGGUUGAUAGUUGAUGCUAAGGUAGUGCCUAUUAAUAGAAUCUCAGCCAAGCGGGUGGCGACGAAAGCAGUGGGCCAAACUUUACCUCGCACUUCACGCCCGUCCAACUUUCUGCCUCUCUCAAGUCGCUGUGGCUCUGGUGAGCACACAGCUCCUCAAUCUGUUCAUCUGCAUGGCAUCAUGGUGGUCUUCGUCGAUUUAGAAGAUGAGCCCGAUGACAAGCCUCCCCAUUCGGGCGAGCAGGCCGCGGGGUCUGCACUACCUGGAGGCUCCCGUUUCGCCAGUGGCUCGAUAACGCGGAAGGCUGCGAGCCAUCUCUCUGCAAGUGCAAGAACGAGUGCAGAUGAGAGACCGAAUCCGAACCUCAAUACUCUGUCUAAGGCACUUGGCUGCUACCCGUCUGCAUUGACCAAGCAUCAUGGCCUAGUCGCGACCCCUCUUGCCGAGGCAGACACCACUUAUCGCCGAGUUUGGACCUGGCGAACUCGAUAUACGACGUACCUUGGCGGGCUAGGCACAGGUAUUGGCGAAGGGAACGAGGGCGUCAAAUGUGCGCGAGGGGCUGACUGCAAAGGCGCCCUAGAGGUGGAGGUGGAGUUCGAAUGUCCAACCUCGGCCUCAAGUCCUGUGCCUGGAUCCGCGAGUAGUCAUGGCGAGAGUAGUGGAAAUGGAAGCGACGGUGAGGAAGCGUCCGGCACACCGAUGAAGGAGAAAGAGGAGGCAGGAUAUUGGAGGCAAGAAAUCGAAGGCUUAGGGGGCGUUGUGAAGAAAAAGUUUCGCAAGCGUGAACGCAUUGGUGGGACUGUCAGGGAAUGGGAAGACGAGAGUAAGGGUGGGGCUAUCCUUGCCAGGGAGAAGGCGCAUGAGGAUAGGGCAUGGUGUGCCUCGGCAAUUGCUCACUUGCUACCCGACGCGUCGGCUUUCACUCGACGCGUUUCCCUUCCAAUUGCUCAAUCGACCGAGUCAGUCUGUGCCAACCUCCUCAGCUUUGCGCCGAAGGAAGUCACAAUGGGUACCGCCCUACGAAGCAGACAAGUCGCGCCUGCUGAGAAAAGUUCCAUCCAGCAUUUUGGCAAGAUUUCCAAAGCGCAACCUGCUCAAACAAGAAAGAGCACGCUCACGAGAAAGCUUGAAUCUCAGACCGACGCCUUUGAAAAGUCUCCUAUCGUCAAUGACAAGAAGAGAAAAGCAGGCCUUUCGGACACUGAUCGAUCACCACCACCGACAACACCCCGCAAGAAAGCUCGACUCCCUGCCAAUGUCGAAGAAACCCCAACCAAAGGUGCAACGUCUCUGCUCGAAUCUUUCACCUUCGCUUCCUCAAAGCAACCAGUGUCCUAUUCGUGGGCCAAACAGCUUGAGACGCCACCAUCUUCACAAGGAUCAGAUACAAGCUCAGAUGUGACCAAAGAAAUUGCAGAAUUGAUUGAUCUGCAUUCAUGUUUUUUAACCGCUCUCUCACUGCACUACGCACACAAUGGCUCAAUGACGCCCGCAGACCUGCGCGUGCUCUGCCCCAAUAUUUCUCGAACAUGGCAGAAACGACGAGUCCACAUCGAUGAUAUACGCAGCCUGCUGACUAUUCUGCAACCAAACAAGUCAGAUAAGACUUUCGUCCUCUCGGAUUACGGCAAUGGCAAGACGUGCUUGGAACUUUCGGAAAGCGCAUCGAAGAGAGCUAGAAGGAGACUGAUAGACGAAGAAUCUCUCAACGCCCUCUUCAAGAAAAAUCUGCUCUCUCAAUGGCAGACCUUUCAAAAUCCCGAUCCCUCAACACCCCAAGUCUUCCUCGCUAGCUUUCCUCUUUACCCGAUCACCCCCAUCUCAUCAGCAGCAAAACUCGAGCCCCUUCGCAGUAAAGGCCAAACGCGCCUCACAGAACUCAAAGCCGGCGCCAUACAAGCACAAGCUCGCGCCCUCAAAGUCUCAACAGGAAAUAUCAAACACACGUCCACCGGCACCACCAGCAUCGAUUCCUACACCAAGACUCAGCCUACGAAGCCUGCGGUCGAAAACGACCCAUUUGCCCGCUCUGCAGCCCUGAAAUGUCGCAUCUUCGCGCGUCAGCAGGAGCAGCAAUCCCACAACGGCGUCCCCUUGAAUGCCGAACAACUCGCGCGAAGGAGAGCUUUACUGCGCCUACCUGAAGUAGCGCCGGUGCUCGAGAGUCUAGCGCUUUCUUUUGGGCAAAGACAAUGCUUGACUAAUGAUGAUGCGAUUUUGGGGGCAUUUGGCGACGCAGUAGCGGCAGGGGCGAGGAAUUUGUCGUUUACGAUGCCGACAUUGGUGCAGAAUUUGCAGAUGAGUUUGCGGAAUCCGAUUUCGACUGAGGAGGCGGCGUUAGCGGUAAGGAUUCUGGGGAAAAUGACGCCAGAGUGGGUGAGUAUUCGGAGUUUGGGGAAGGUGGUAGGGGUGACUGUGAAAGGGAUGGGUGUGGGAAGGAAGGUAUUAGAUGGAAGGAUUGCGGAGGCACUUGAAAGGUUAUGA